GGACGCGGCUGCGCAUGUUUCUACCGGGCUUUACGUUACUUUUGAAAGUGUUUUACCGCUAAAAUGAUCCAAAUAUCAACAUUAUUUACGUGACAAUAGGUUAUAAACAAAAUGAAGUGUGUAUUAUUACAAUUGGUACCGUGAAGUGAAUGAUUUUAAGUGUUUAAACGACAAAAGGAGAAAAACAAAUGUGUGUGAUCCAUGUGUGAAUGUUGUGUUACAAGAUGUGGUCCAGAAACUUUAUACCGGAUUAUGGGAUUACAUUGCUCUCCUUCUGCCUCGUGCUGACCACCCUCGCCGCCCAGAUCCACGGGGUCGAAGGUUUCGUGUCCUGUUCGCCAUCUCCGUGCAAGAACGGCGGGACAUGUCUCUCGCGGCCCGGCGGAGAGCUCUACUGCAACUGCACCUCCCGGUACGCGGGCGAGUUCUGCCAGCACCUGAACCCGUGCCACAGCGAGUCCAGCCCGCGGUGCCAGAACGGGGGCACCUGCCGCGUCCGCCCCGGCGCCGGCGGAGCGCCCCCGUCCUUCGUCUGCGACUGCCCCCUGGGCUUCAGCGCCUCCCUGUGCGAGAUCAGGGUCCCCGCCGCCUGCGACUCCGCGCCGUGCCUGAACGGCGCGACGUGUAGGCUGACGUCGCUGCACACGUUUGAAUGUGACUGCCCGCCAGGAUACACGGGCGCCGAAUGCUCACACGAGGACCACUGCGCGUCGCAGCCGUGUCGGAACGGUGGGAAAUGUGUUGCGGACAAUACAACGACGGCCGGCUACUCGUGCGUCUGUCCCCCUGGCUUCACCGGCUCGCGAUGUACCGAAGACGUGUUCGAAUGUUCGAGCGGCUCCGGGCCCUGCCACCAUGGGAGAUGCUUCAACACCCAUGGGUCGUAUACCUGUGUUUGCGAGCCGGGGUACACCGGGAGAGACUGUGAUACGGAGUACGUGCCCUGCGAACCCUCGCCCUGCCUCCACGGGGGGAAGUGUACCCAGCUGGACCAGCUCCGAUACGAGUGUAGUUGUCCUACAGGUUACCGGGGCCAGAACUGCGAAAUCGACAUCGACGACUGCCCCGGCCACCUGUGCCAGAAUGGGGCCACGUGUGUGGACGGCCUCAACGCGUACACGUGCGAGUGCCCUCCGACCUUCACGGGGCCCCUGUGCGAGACUGACGUGGACGAGUGUGCCCAGAGACCGCUGGUGUGUCAGAACGGGGCGACGUGCACCAACUCUGUGGGCGGUUUCUCGUGUAUCUGUGUGAACGGCUGGACGGGGGCGGAGUGUUCUCAGAAUAUCGAUGACUGCGCCGGCGCAGCUUGCUUCAACGGGGCGACUUGUAUCGACAGGGUGGGGUCGUUCUACUGCAAGUGUACGCCGGGGAAGACUGGUCUCCUAUGCCACCUGGACGACGCGUGCACGUCAAACCCGUGUCACGCUGACGCGAUCUGCGACACCAGCCCCAUCAACGGCUCCUACACCUGCUCCUGUGCCUCCGGAUACAAGGGCCUGGACUGCUCGGAGGACAUUGAUGAGUGUGAACAAGGAUCACCAUGCGAGCACGACGGCAUCUGCGUCAACACGCCCGGCUCGUUCGCGUGCAACUGCUCUGUGGGCUUCACCGGCCCGCGCUGCGAGACCAACGUGAACGAGUGCGAGAGCCACCCCUGCAGGAACGACGGCUCGUGCCUGGACGACCCUGGGACCUUCAGAUGCGUUUGCAUGCCAGGUUUCACGGGAACCCAGUGCGAGGUGGAGAUAGACGAGUGCCUCAACAACCCCUGCCUCAACGGCGGAGUCUGCCACGACAUGAUCAACGCCUUCAGAUGUACUUGUGUUAUUGGUUUCACGGGCACCCGUUGUCAAGUGAACAUCGACGACUGCGCGUCGAGCCCGUGCCGGAACGGCGGGACCUGCCAUGACUCUAUCGCCGGUUACACCUGCGAGUGCCCGCCUGGAUACACCGGUAUGUCGUGCGAGACGAACAUCAACGACUGCCUCUCGGCGCCGUGCCACCGCGGCGAGUGUAUCGACGGCGACAACAGCUUCACGUGCAACUGUCACCCGGGGUACACCGGCAGGGUCUGCCAGACGCAGAUCAACGAGUGCGAGUCCAAUCCGUGCCAGUUUGGAGGUCACUGCGAAGACCUGAUAGAUGGCUACCAGUGCCGCUGCAAGCCCGGCACUUCGGGCCGGAACUGCGAGAUCAACGUCAACGAGUGCUACUCCAACCCUUGCAGAAACGGCGCCACUUGCAUCGACGGCAUCAACAGCAACGAUUACUUUGAGUACACAUGCGAGUGCAUCCCGGGCUUCACUGGUCAGCACUGCGAGACCAACAUCAACGAGUGCCUGUCCAACCCGUGCGCCAACGGCGGCAAGUGUAUCGACCGCAUCAACGGGUUCCGCUGCGAGUGUCCGAGAGGGUAUUAUGAUGCUAGAUGUCUAUCCGACGUGAACGAGUGCGCGUCCAACCCGUGCACCAAUGGCGGGACAUGCGAAGAUGGCGUCAACCAGUUCAUCUGCCACUGUCUGCCCGGAUACGGAGGUCAGCGAUGCGAGCGCGACAUCGACGAAUGCAGUUCGAACCCGUGUCAGCACGGCGGCACCUGCCACGACAGACUCAACGCGUACAAGUGUGACUGCGUUCUUGGAUUCACUGGAGUGAACUGCGAAACCAACAUCGACGACUGCGCGGGCAACCCGUGUCUGCACGGCGGCAGCUGCAUCGACCUGGUGGACGGCUACCGCUGCGUCUGCUCCCCGCCGCACUCCGGACGCAACUGCGAGAACACUCUGGACCCGUGCUCGCCUAACCAAUGUCGUCACGGCGGGCGGUGCGUCGCGGAGGCGUCGUACGCGGAGUUCACGUGCGCGUGCGGCGUAGGGUGGGCGGGCGCGCUGUGCGAGCGCGACGUGGACGAGUGCGCCGUCACCGCGCCGUGCCGCAACGACGCCACCUGCCUCAACACCGACGGCAGCUACGCCUGCCUGUGCGCUAGAGGCUACGAGGGGAAGGACUGCGCUGUCAACACCGAUGAUUGCGCCUCGUUCCCCUGCCAGAACGGUGCGACGUGCCUGGACAGUAUCGGCGACUACAAUUGCGUUUGCGCGAGCGGGUUCGCGGGCAAGCACUGCGAGGUCGACAUAGACGAGUGCCAGUCCAGACCCUGUAUGAACGGCGCCACUUGUAAUCAGUACGUAGCGUCGUACACGUGCACCUGCCCGCUCGGGUUCUCGGGCAUCAACUGUCAGACCAACGACGAGGAUUGCACGGAGUCCAGCUGCAUGAACGGUGGCACCUGCAUCGACGGCAUCAACUCGUACAACUGCUCUUGUCCACCUGGCUACACGGGCUCCAACUGCCAGUUCCGCAUCAACAUGUGCGACAGUUCGCCGUGCAGCAACGGCGCGACCUGCCACGACCACGUCACACACUACACCUGCCACUGCCCGUACGGCUACACCGGGAAACAUUGCGAGGGAUUCGUUGACUGGUGUGAGAACAACCCGUGCGAGAACGGCGCGACGUGCUCGCAGAAGGGCCCGCAGUACACGUGCACGUGCUCGCCCGGCUGGUCCGGCAAACUGUGCGACGUCGAAAUGGUGUCUUGUAAAGAUGCUAGCAUUAGAAAGGGUGUCAAACUCAAGCAGCUCUGUCACAACGGAACUUGCGAGGACAUCGGUAACUCCCAUCGCUGCCACUGCCUCGACGGCUACACCGGCUCCUACUGCCAGAAAGAGAUUAAUGAGUGCGAAUCCGCGCCGUGCCAAAAUGGAGCCGUCUGCAAAGAUCUCGUCGGAACGUACCAGUGCCAGUGUGCCAAAGGUUUCCAAGGUCAGAACUGCGAGCUCAACGUCAACGACUGCCUGCCCAACCCCUGCCAGAACGGCGGGACCUGCCACGACUUGAUCAAUAACUUCUCCUGCUCAUGCCCCUUCGGAACUCUCGGCAAAAUCUGCGAGAUUAACGUCAACGAUUGCAAACAGGACGCCUGUCAUAACAACGGAACUUGCGUCGAUAAAGUUGGCGGUUUCGAGUGUAAAUGUCCUCCUGGCUUCGUCGGGCCGAGGUGCGAGGGCGACAUCAACGAAUGCUUGUCCAACCCUUGCUCCAACCCCGGCACCCAGGACUGCGUCCAACUCAUCAACGACUACCACUGCAACUGCAAACCCGGGUACAUGGGCAGACAUUGCGACGCCAAAGUUAACUUCUGCGCCAACUCGCCCUGUCAAAACGGAGGCAUUUGCACCGCUAUACAAGGAGGACAUGAAUGUUUAUGUGGGGACGGAUUCUACGGCAAAAAUUGCGAGUAUUCCGGCUACGCUUGCGAUUCAAACCCUUGCCAAAAUGGAGGCUAUUGUCGGACGUCAGAAAUCGGAGACUACGUUUGCGACUGUCCCAUCGGGCUGUCAGGAACUAACUGCGAGAUAGACUCAAUGAACGAGUGUCUCAGCAACCCGUGUAAGCACCCCGAAGCGCGCUGCAUCGACAAGCCCGCGGAUUACCUCUGCUACUGUCCGAGACAAUGGACGGGCAAGAACUGCGAAAUCCACGACCCCCACUCCCGAGGUGGAUACGGAAGCAGCCCCGUAUCUGGCGUCUAUGGCAAAAAUACUGGAUUGACAUUCCAGGAACUCGACUUAGCUUUCCAAAGAGAGAAGUGUGUGAAAAUGGGUUGCAAAGAGAAGCAGGGUGACCACCAUUGCGAUGAAGAGUGUAAUACCUACGCCUGUGAGUUCGAUGGAAACGAUUGCUCCCUGGGUAUCAACCCAUGGGCAAACUGCACAGCGCCGAUCAAAUGUUGGGAAGUAUUCAUGAACGGGGAGUGUAAUGAAGUUUGCAACACUCAGGCGUGCAUGUUCGACGGACGAGACUGUCAGAAGACGCUGCAAAAGUGUAACCCGAUUUAUGACGCGUACUGUCAGAAACACUACGCCAACGGCCACUGCGACUACGGAUGCAACAACGCGGAAUGUAACUGGGACGGUCUUGACUGCGAGAACGAACCACCAGAGCUGGCCGAGGGUGUCAUGUCCGUCAUACUUCUCAUGGAUAUGAGAACCUUCAAGGAAAAUUCGGUGGCGUUCUUGAGAGACGUCGGCCAUCAGCUCCGAACUACGGUCUUCAUCAAGAAGGACCACCUAGGAAACGACAUGGUCUACCCAUGGAAGGGAUCUACGGAUGUCGGUUUACAGGAUACGGAAUUUGGCAAGAAACACCAUAUCGUGUACACGGAGAGAGGACAAUCAGGGGUCCAAGUGUACUUGGAGAUCGACAACAGAAAAUGUAGCACUUUGUCGUCCUCUGAGUGCUUCUUCUCGGCUCAAGAGGCAGCUGAGUUCUUAGCAGCUACUGCUUCCAAGCAUUCCCUUUCACCGGACUUCCCGAUCUUCCAAGUGAAAAGCGUCACUUCGCCGAUUGACGAGAAUAUACCGACGAACUCCAAAUAUGUGUUCAUCGGGGUAAUCCUCGUCCUAUUGGCCGGUCUACUUAUCGGUGUGCUAGUGACCGCUCAGAGGAAGAAAGCGGCUGGCAUAACAUGGUUCCCGGAAGGCUUUAUUCGAUCAAACUCUUCUUCCCGUCGUCGCUCGAGACGUCGGGUACCCGAUGGUCAGGAAAUGAGGAACCUGAAUAAGGGUUCCAUGGGUUGUAUCGACAUGGACGUGAACGGUGGGCACAUGGGUCCGCCACACUGGUCUGAUGAUGACGACGACGGUGCCCCGCCCAGGGCUAAGAGAGCUCGCGGGCCGGGUGAUUCUAACGGCGCUCCAGGCGGCUACGCGUCUGACCACACCGCCAUAACGGACUACGAGGAAGCCAGCCAGCCAAGGGUAUGGACGCAGCAGCAUCUGGAUGCGGCGGACAUCAGGGUACCGCCGAGUAUGAUGACUCCGCCUGCUAUCCACGACGGCCACGUAGACGUGAACGCGCGAGGUCCUCUCGGCAUGACGCCGCUCAUGGUAGCAGCGAUCCGCGGCGGCGGCAUCGACACUGGUUCAGACGUCGAGGAUGAGCAGACAGCACACAUUAUAUCAGAGCUGGUGGCGCAGGGAGCACAGCUCAACGCCGCUAUGGACAAGACGGGAGAGACUAGCUUACAUUUGGCUGCAAGAUACGCACGCGCGGACGCAGCGAAGCGUCUCCUGGACGCCGGUGCGGACGCGAACGCACAAGACAACACGGGUCGCACGCCGCUGCACGCAGCAGUCGCGGCCGACGCGCUCGGCGUCUUCCAGAUAUUGCUGCGGAACCGCGCGACUAACCUCAACGCGAGAAUGCACGAUGGAACUACACCGUUGAUACUUGCUGCAAGACUGGCUAUCGAGGGUAUGGUGGAAGACCUCAUAAACGCUGAUGCGGACAUCAACGCGGCGGACAACAGCGGCAAGACGGCGCUGCACUGGGCCGCAGCAGUCAACAACGUCGAGGCCGUCAACGUGUUGCUGUUACAUGGGGCUAAUAGAGACGCGCAGGAUGAUAAGGACGAGACACCCCUAUUCCUCGGCGCGCGCGAAGGCUCGUACGGCGCCUGCAAAGCCCUGCUAGACGCGCUCGCCAACCGCGAGAUCACCGACCACAUGGACCGUCUGCCGCGCGACGUCGCCCAGGAACGGAUGCACGACGACAUCGUGCGGCUGCUGGACGACCACUGCCCGCCGCACCCCCCGCAUCCGCCCCACCCGCCGCCGAGACCGCACCACCAGCAUCUCAUGUCAUCUCCAAACCCGCACCCUCAACUCAUCAGUCAGCCGACUGUCAUCAGCACGACGAAGGGCAAACCCAAAAAGCCGCGGGCUAAGGCCGGCCCCGAGAGCCCGCAGGACCAGUACGAUAACAACAACCUGCAAAGCUCACAAAUUAGACGGAAACCGAGUGUAAAAAAGAACAACAAGAAAGUGGCGCAAGAGGUGCCCCAGAGUGUGGAGACUCUGGGAUUCAGCCUGAGUCCCGUUGAGUCACCACUGCAAAAUUUACAGGAUAUGCCGUCGCCGUACGACGCGACGUCGCUGUACUCGAACGCGAUGGCGCAGUUCCCGGAGCUCGUGCAGCACAAGCAGCCGCCCAGCUAUGAGGACUGCGUCAAGACGGGUCAGGCGAUGCAGUACGGCGGCGGUGUGCUGGGCUCGUCGCUGUCUCCACCAUAUUCCAACCACUCGCCCACACACAGCAAUCAGACCACGUCGCCGCAUGCGUAUAUCGGAUCCCCAUCCCCGGGCAAAUCCCGGCCGUCGUUGCCGACGUCGCCGGCGCACAUGGCGGCGCUGCGCUCGCAGCACGCGCACGCACACGCGCACGCGCUCGACGCCGCCGCGUAUUCUGCGCUUGCGCAUCUAGCAGGCAGCAACGGCCAGAGCGCGCAGCUGCAGGCGAUGAUGCAGCACGCGCCGCACCCCGCACUCACCAACAUCAUGUCAGGUCUCUACGGCAGCUGGGGUAUGGGUGACACGUUCCCGACGCCGUCACCGGAGUCCCCCGAACACUGGAGCACCCCCUCCCCUCAGACGCCGCUCACCCAGUCACCCCACUCCGACUGGUCAGACCGCGCGGCGCUUUCCCCACAUGACCUCCAUCAUCAGCAGUCGAAACCCGCUACGGAAGCCUUCUACAUUUAAACCAAGAGAUGAUCCCAGAGAAAGAG